CAAAGAGAAGUUCAGCAGAACUUUGAUUCCAUUAAAUUAAUCCAUAACAGAUUCAGAAACCUGAACGUUUCCAGCCCAGUUUAAAGUUCGGAACCGAUGGAAACUCCUGCAGAAGGACCAGCUGCUGGUUCUGGACCGGUCCGCCCAGCUGGACCGGGCAGGGCCGGGCUUUUAAUUUGAAGGGACGCUGCUGGUGUGGAGCCGGAGCCCAUCAGCCCGCAGAGCCAGUCGGUGUCAGGGUCUGGGUGUGACCGGAUCCAGGAUCAGUCCCGGCCCGGUCCGGCUGCGGCACAUGAGCCAGAGACACCGGACCGAACCGGAACCAGACCCAGAACCAGCAGAACUCACUCUGAGAUGGAGCCGUCUGGACGCCUGCCGCCGCCGUCGCAGCGAUCCGCCACCGUGAAGCGGCGGCGCUGGGGCGGCCUCAGGCAGCAGUGGAAACUUCUGGGUCUGUUUGAGAUCGACCAGCAGCACGACUUCUACGGCCUGACCUGCAGGAUGAAGGAGGGCCUGGCUGCAGCCAUACACACCUCCACACACACACCGCCAGCGAACGACCUUUCAGAUGAUGACUUCAGGUCCAAGGUCACGCAGGUGCAUAAGGACUUCUCCCUGGAGACGUUCGGCGGCCCGGUGUUCGCCGCUCUGCGCGCGUCACUGGGAAUCACAGAGGACGAGUAUCUGCAGUCUCUGUGCUCAGAAAGCUGCUACCUGCAGUUCAUCAGCAACUCCAAGAGCAAAGCCGACUUCUUCCUGACAAAUGAUAAACGUUUUUUCCUGAAGACUCAAAACAAACGAGAGAUUAAAUUCCUUCUGUCCAACCUGAAGAUUUACGUGGAGCAUCUGAGGAAGUUCCCACAUUCACUGCUGGUCAAGUUCUUAGGAGUUCACCGGAUCCGGAUCCCGCCCGGUCGGAAGAAAUAUUUCAUCGUGAUGCAGAGCGUCUUUUAUCCGGACGAACGCAUCAACGCCCGGUAUGACAUCAAAGGCUGCCAGGUGAGCCGGUGGACGGACCCGGCGCCGGAGGGCAGCCAGAUCAUCGUGGUUCUGAAGGACCUGAACUUUGAAGGCCAGUUCAUCACGCUGGGUGAGGAAGAGGAGGAGGAGGAAGGUCAGGUGGAGAUCGACACCGGCUUCCUGGAGCGGCUCAACGUUCUGGACUACAGCCUCCUGCUGGCCCACCAGCCGCUGCACCACGACGAGCGGAACCAGAACCUGUCCUUCGCCUCGCUCAUCGUCAGAACCAAGAAGUCCGUGAACCCCGGGUCCAGCCCGAUCCACGCCGGAGUCCCAGGAGCGGUUCUGGACGACGACGCCGGACCGUCACCGGAACCGGACUCGGGUUUAACGUCGCCGCGGGACCGAGACGACUCGACCCGGACGAGUCCGCGGCCCGCCGGAACCGGCGCCGACUCGCCCGACAUCCCGGACUUCAGGGCCCAGAACCGGCGGCUGCUUCCGAACCUGAAGAACCCGCUGCACGUCAUCGACGGGCCGGAGCAGCGCUACUUCAUCGGCAUCAUCGACGUUUUCACCGUCUACGGCCUGAAGAAGCGGCUGGAGCAUCUGUGGAAGAGCCUGAGGCAUCAUGGCCGCUCCUUCUCCACCGUCAGCCCGCAGGAGUACAGCGGCCGGCUGCGGGGGUGGGUCCGGGACCACAGCCAGUAGACCGGAACCACUGGGCCGGAACCACACGACUGGACCGGAACCACUGGGCCGGACCGGAACCACACGACUGGACCUGAACCACACCGACUGGACCAGAACCACACAACUGGGCCGGAACCACACCGACUGGACUAGAACCACACCGAGUAGAACCACACGACUGGACCAGAACCACACUGACUGGACCAUCUGCCUCCUCCAGCUCACAGAACCAGAACCGCCCAGCGGACUUUUUCUGGUUUCCAAAUGAAAACAAUCUUGUUAUAGAAAAUCAGAAACUAAACCAUCAUUCUGCAUCAGGUCAAAGGUUAAAGGUCACGGCUGCUUGCCAGAGUUGAAGGAGAAAGCCUCUUCUCUCUAGAAGCAAGAUGGCUGCCGGACUGAGGUGAGCAAAGCCGAGACGUCGUGACGACGUCCUCUGGGCCGAACACCAGGCACGGUGGUGGAGGCAUCAGGAUGUGGGCAUAACCUCUCAGUCAGUGAUUGGACGAGACCAGGGGUGUCCAAAGUUGCGGCCUGGGCUCCAUUUUUGGCCCUCAGACUGAUUCUUGCGGCCGCCAGCUGCAGAUCAGGAAAGAAUCAAACUUCAGACCUGGAUUAGAUUAGGGAGAUUAGACCUUCCUAAUCUAAUCUGAUGCAAAUAAAUUACUUUAUUGAUCCCAGAGGGAAACAAAAUCGCCAUGGAGACCAACGUAAACAAUCCUGCAUGAUGAAAACAGAGGAACCGUUGUUCAGCACGAAGGUUUUUCAUCUGCUAACCCGGUCCGCCGUUGAUUCAGAUUAAAUUUUUUAUUUGUAAUCAAAGUAAAAUCAUCAGCAGAAUUAUUAGCAGAGUCCUUAAAGUCUUAAAACGACUUAAAAAUUGGCCUUAAAUACACCAAUCACAGGAGUUAAACUUGGUCUGUAGCUAGCUGCUAAUAACUCCAUGCUAACUAGCUAGCUUAUUUUGAUUGUUGGUUUUGGUUCGGUUCUGUUCAGGCUGUAGAAUCCAGCUGGAUCCUCCAAACAUCACCUGGAUUUAGAUGUUUCAUUUCAGCUGAAUUAAAAACGUCUUGAAACCUGCAGAUGUUACAAAGUAUUUAACUGCGUCUGACAGUUUUACUGACAAACCGACUGCUGCUUGGCUAAAAACGAGCAGAGACAAAACAAAAAUGGCCGACUGGUUUUAUUGAUUUUAUUUAUUGGAACUGAUUUUACAAACUUCUGAAGCUUCAAACUGCAGCAGAAUCCAUGAAGGAUGUGAGAUCCUGGUGAAGAUCCAGGAUGUAAGUACACCCUGCUGGAUGACAGGGUGUACUUACAUACAUACUUACUUUUCCUCCCAGUUUCCAGAUGAUGGUUUAGUUUCUGAUCUGCUGCGUCUCAAUAUGCAUCAUGUGCUGUUUAUUGGACUCUGACGUCUUUCUGCCUUACAGGAACAUCCAUGAUGAUGUUUUGUUUGAACUGUGUGACGUUUAAAUGAUUAGUUUGGUUUUUAUUUCAUGUUUUUCGUUAUAAAUCUGUAUUUUUAUGCAAACAGACCUGAAAGGCCUGCAGUCCAGUCCAAGAAACAAACGUUACAAAUCCUUCAUUCUGAGGAUUUCUGCCUUCGAUUAGCUUGACCAAAGGCUCUGCCUCAGGCCCACAGCAUGAUGCUGCCUCUGCCAGCCACAGAGCCCGGUCGCUCCACUUCCUGUUGCUCCGUUUUUUCCUCAGGAGUUCUGAUCCGACCGGAUCCUCGGACAGUUUCAUGAUUUCCUCUACAGGAAGUAAUCCGUCUGUCUUUGACCCGUUUGUUUCUGUCCAGAACUGAAUCCAAUAAAACCCGGUUUGGAUCCGGAUCAGAACCUCCAGCAGCUAGCUCCACCUUCGGGUCAGAACCUCCAGCAGCUAGCUCCACCUUCGGGUCAGAACCUCCAGCAGCUAGCUCCACCUUCACCAUCAAACGCCUCCCAGUCCUGAACCUGCAGAAACCAACAUAAAUCUGAUCUGACGCCUGGACGCAGAGCUGAGCACGCUAAUGCUAAUGCUAAUGCGCUAAUAGCAGAGCUAGUUUAAUGUUUAGCACUUUAGCUAAGUUUCCUAACAAUUAGAGCACUUAGCUUCAUCUAAAUACCUUGUUGGUGUAGCACUUUAGCUUUAGCUUCUGCUAAAUACCAUGUUGGUGUAGUGCGUUAGCGUAGCUAAUGUUCAUGAUGAGUUAUUUAGAUUUAAGUGGCGGUGCCGACCACUGGCUUGUUGAGUUCAGGCUACUUUAGGUCAAAGGUCAGUGAGGAUUAGGAAGCGGAUCGAUCGGUGGAUCAUCUGAUCAGAAUCUCCACUGAUCCAAUCUUUAGUUUUGGUUCCAGAACUGAGAAACUAAAUGUUUGGUUCUGGUCAGAAACGUCUGAUGGAUCAUAUCUGAUGAACCGGAACCAGAAACCAUCAGGUCCAAACGGGAUGGCUCCCAGUGAGGGGAACUGGAGCCAGACCCGGGUCGGAUCCAGAACUCCUGUUGGAUCCUGUGAACUCCUCAGGGGCUGAACCUUUAGGCCCAAAGCAGGUUCAGCUCCUGCAGAUGUCCAUCAUGAUAAAACCGUUUCUGGUGCCUGAGAGGCAGGAAUGAUGUGAACGGAUGAAACAUCGUUGCUUUGUACCGCCUGCAAUAAAGAGAAAUGAAAG